CUCAGUUCAACCUCAUACACUGAUCUAGGCUGACAAACAGGAGGAGAUUAAAUACAAAUUUAAAACUCCAACUAACAUCAUUUUGAGUUCAAAACUGAAUCAUGGAAAGCUUAAAUAUGAUUCUAUGUUUUACUAUCUGCCUCAUUAGCUUUGCACAAAUUAUUCAUGGCGAAGGAGGGGAUCCAUGCCUCGCGAAUCCAUGCAUGAAUGGUGCAACAUGCACUUCUAAUGGUCCACAAUACACAUGUGGCUGUGAUACAGGUUACAAAGGAACACACUGUGAAUCAGAUACCUCAGUUACCACAACCGUCAAAUCAACUCCUAGAUCUGGAACAAAUUCACUUUCAGAUGGGAAGUUUACUGUUAUAGCUGUUGGUUGUAUAAUUUCUGUGAUUAUUUUCUUGUGAUCAUUCCUUGCUGUUGUAUAAAAGUUGUCUAUAUAAAGGGACCUCUGGCCAUGCAAAAAGAAAACUUAAAAAAAAUAGAUAUUGCAAGCACUUCUGUUGUUACAGUAUGUGCGAAACGAUACAAUUUCAAAGGUUUUAACAUUUUUAAUUUGUUUCUACUGAAGUGAUUAUAAAUGUAUGUUCUCUCAUCUCAUCUAAAGAAAAUUGUAUUUUUUCUCUUACAAUUUUUUUUCUUUCAUUUGUUUCUAUUUAUAGUCAAAUAUGCAGUAAA